AGAGAUAGACACAUGAACUUCCGGAAGAAAAAGAAUCAAGAAACAAGUGAAAAAGGAAAGCGGCGUUGUAAAAGUAGAAGCCUAUCAAAUUCAAGAUUAUGAAAAAGCAAAUAUGACUGCUAGCAGCAUCUCUUCCAAGUUCAUCAUGCGGAUGAGCUUCGUGAUGUUUUACCGGUUUCUCUUCGACGAGAGUAUCGGAGUCCUCACCCUGUUCCACCUACUUUUCUUUCUCACCCUGAAUCCGCAGCCCAUGUUGACCAACGGCCUGCAAAUCCUGGAGCAGCAACCCUUACCUGGCCAGCCACACACCAAAACUACCAGUGGGGCAUCCGCUGUGGAACAAGAGCUACUGUCUUCGUCACGACCGCAUGAAUCUUCACACGGUUCUUUGCGCACGGUUCCGAACGGGGCUGCGUCAAUGACAAUGUCCAGGAGAAAUGGCAACCUGCGGGGCAGCAAAACGCACUACGUCGCGAGCCACGACGGCCAUUGCGCAGACGGAGAGUAUUUUGACCGAAACUCUCCAACCGGGUGUGUGCGAGCGCAUGAGGCGGGGGGUUCUUCUGCCAAUGCAGAUGCCGACAGCAUGGUGAGCAAUUACGUCGAUGACAUUGCAACUGCAGCGGCAGAGUCGUUUCUCGAGCUUCCCAGGGCAGCAACGAGUAAAUAUGCUUUGAUCUUGACGUUGAGCUGAUCAUUCUUGUGCCUUCUUAGUAUCGGUUCUAUUUCUUCGCUAAUGCUAGCUAGCUUGUUGUCGUAUGCUAGCUUUUAGAUGACCACACAUUAUUUUUCGAGAUCGACGCAUGAAGAUGUUUUUCUUUGCACACUUAACAGCUCUCGACGACGAUUCUGUUUCCGAGCUAUCUGCAUCCUCUUCGCCGCCGACGACUGCGGAAGACUUCAAAAAGGACAAGGACCUUUUUUCAAGGUCCGGGGGCUCGGGAAAAAAGCCGAAGAAGUUCGUGGACAUUGUGAAGAACCUCGCACAGAAGGCCAGUAGCAAGAAGGAGAAGAAAGAGAAACAUCACAAGCACGAUGAAGAUCAAGAUGUUGAGCGAGGGGAUGUUGAAAACCAGUCCAAAGCAAAGAAGACUGCAAAGGCUAAGGGGAAAGCUAAAUCAAAAUCACGCGCGCUUGACCCCACGCAGGACACGGAGGUGCGCGUGCGGGUGAAAUCCAAGCCCGCCGGAGAGAUCUUCUUCAAGUUCGGCAAACCGCCACCCACCCCGGGCCGCGGCGUCACGUACGCCGCGCACCGGGCGCCGCCCAUGACAGCGGACGGCCAGCCGGGACCUGUGACCGACGUGCGGAUGCAGGCCUUCAAAGUCGGCGACACCAAGCCGGAUCCGCCACGCCCGAAAGCGAUUCUGUUCGGACCCUUGCCAGGCAGUUCUCCAUCUUCGCUGUCGAGUCGAGGACCGGUAACAAGUACUGGCGGUGCAAUGCCAAUGCCAAUGUCUACAGCAGGAGGUGGAAAUGCUGCCCCACCGGUUGUUCAGCAGCAGCAGGAAGACCACGGUGGUGCUGCAGCACCCCCAGUCGAGGAAGAACAGCCAGGAGCACACGAGCCAGAGGUUCCAGCAGCGGCGCGAUCAUUAGCUUCCGGGGCGGAGCCGCUACCGCCCGCAGCUGCUCCGCCACCUCCGUCGCAAGCUCCUUCGAUCUCUUUGCCACCACCACCGGCUGGCUACUACGGAAGUGGUGCGCCCUCCUCAGCUGCAGAAACUAGUGGCGUUGGGAAAGAUAGUACGUUGUUAAAGACCAAGAGUGCCGCGGCUACAACUACUGAAAACCUGCAUGAAGAUCAAGAUGCGGCUACUAACACUGGUAGUAGCGGAAGAAGUACUGCGUCGGUAGCAACAGAAACAAAGGAGAGCCAUCGCCAUCAAGAUCAACCUGACAACACGAUGUUGAAACAGGCGGACACAACUUCUGAACAUCAAAAUGUAGUAGCGAAUCCGCACGAGUCGCUGUUGCAGCUUUCGGUUCCGCCACUGGAAGUGGUCUACGAAAGAGUGAAGAAGAUGAACAACCGAGGAGGUGCAGGAGUGUCACUCUCACUCGCUGCAGCUGCAGAGAAAGAUAGCCGUGAAUCAGAGCAGCAUGCAGCACAGGGUCCUCGUCGAGACCAGGAUCAGGAACGCCAACAAGAAGGACAAACUGAAACAAGUGGAACACGAGAAGAAGCACCUUCAACUUCAUCAAGGAGCCCAUCGAGCUCUAGCAGUUCAACAGUACUAGAGAUGAACAACGUGGCGAAUAAAAAGACAUCAACUGAUGUCCUCUCCACAUUGCACCCCGGCAGAGGGUCGUCAUCAUCCGUUCUGGAGAUCCUGGCACAGAAACGGGCUGCGAAAGAACGUAACGGUAAUGCAGCAUCAAGAACUGCUGACCAUUUCGACUUCACGAAAGACCUCGAGCCGACCUCUCCCGCGCCCGGGCAGCAUGAAAGGAAGCUGCAGGAGAAUGGCGCAGCAAGCAGAAAAGUAGAGAGUGACUCGACGACGUCGACCCGUGAUGGAAGCAAGGAGCAUGGCUCUACGUCUAACAACAACAAGGCGUUGUCCGCAGCUGCAACCACAAGUGUUCUGAACGACGUCAAAAAUUCCUUUCUCGAGUUGCAACGCCCGGCGCAUUCUCACAAGGCGCACCGGCAUCGCCACGUCGAUGACAACUACUACAGCGAUGAGCGAAGCGGGAGUUCUUACAGCGACGAUUACAGCUACGACCACCACGACCGUCACAGACGCGGUGGCGGAGUGCCCCACCACUACUCCUCAACUUCUUCAUCUUCGCACCGCGGUGGUCACAGUCACGGACGCGGACGCGGCCGGUCCUCCAGGAGAAGCAGAAACAGGCCUGGUAGAAGAGGCAGUUCAUCUGGCCGCUCAAGCACGGGAGCGUUUUCUGACAACGCCUUUUCCUCUUCCUUCCUGCAGGAUUAUGGGAAUCCCAAGCCGAUUGAAAAGGAAGGGGCGGACAUGAUGAAUUCCGGGCAGGGAAAAUCAGCAGGGGAAACAACAAAUCCAUCUUCUUUCCUCGCCGACAGCAGUGCGCCACCGUCGUCUUUAGCGUCCUCUACUUCCCCCACCAGCAUUUCCUCUACUUUGCAAACCAGUGAAAGUGAAGUGCAAAAUCAGAAGCAGCAGGCGGGAGAAACACAUCAAACAGGGAAGCAAGAAACGACGUCAGAGCACGAGGUGGCGCGACGACUAGAAACAGAGGAGGCCAAAGAACAGGAGAAAACGGGUCGGGAGCAGCAGCAACUUUCAAACAGCAAACUUCACCCUCCGCAGGCACGUGAAGACAUGGGCACCCACGCUCGUGCGACGAACGGCUUUCUCAUGAUGGAGCGGCAGGCAAGAAAUUUUGCGUCCAAAGAUCCGACGUGCAAGCAGGACUGGUGGGUGGAUCCCGAGACUGGGGACAAAUGGCCUCUGCACAAAGGUAGUACUACGGGAGAUCGUGUUUUUCCGUUGCGUGCUUCUUGUCAUCCCCAUGCAUCGCGAACGUGAUGAUGAUGAUGAUGAUGAUGAUGAUGAUGAUAAACGUGACUGCGGUCGCUCCUUGCAUAAUAUGAAUAUCAUGAUGCGCAUGUGCGUUGACGUUGGUUUAUAAGUAAACAAAUGUGAUGCGGAAGAACUUGAACUGCACAAACACAAUCAAAAUGAAAAAACACCUCCAGUGAACAAGCACGAGCCGCCGGAGGUGGACCGCGCUCGAAAGGAGUGGGAGGACCGAUGCGACCCGAUUUUGGAAGAGGAAAAGGAACGGGAUGACUUCGAGGCGACACGGCAGAAGAAAUUGCGGGAAGAUUACAUGGAAAAAAACGCCGGCUUCCACAAAUACAUCGGUGGCGUCGCGCCCUGCGAAGCGGCCAUGAUUGCCAUUGCCGGGUUUGCCCUGUGCCUGUUCUGCUGCAUGUGCUGUCUGUCGAAAGACAAGCACGUCAUGUCCGACCUUGAGCGGAACCGCUACAAGAUGCUAUGCUGGUGGACCAGGUUUAAAAUAUUCUCGAGCGGAGAGGAAGCCAGAUCUUCUGAUGCAGAAGUAUCGUAUCUCUAUCUGUAUGAUAUGUUUAGGUCCUGGCUGGUGGUGAUGCAUAUCAGAAAAAAAACUUGUCCACUUCCAUAAACACGGAACGCGGAGCAGCUGGCGAUCGACGAUUUGAUUGACAUGCCGUGAAGAAAAACAAGGGGGAAGAUAGUGUUGUGGGAAUGAAUUAUGUCACAUCAAAGUACUUGCGUUACAAAUGAAAAUUAUCAGUUCUGCAGUGUGAGUAUUGUUGUACAAUAGAAGAAAUUACUUAAACUGUAUGCGUAUUGCGCUUCUACGACAUUUUCUGUUUUCAGUUUCACCUAGCGCAAAAGAUUUACGAUUGCUGUAUCAGCAUUUUCAGAUUUGUUGUUGACUUUGUUCCUCGAAUCCAAAAUUAAAACACUAAGUACUCCUGUAGUACGUGACUAAGAAUGUAAAAAAACACAACCAUCUAUAUCUAAUAUCAGUAUGAUUUUCUAUCUUCUUGUACAAACUACUUACAAUUGUGGUGAUUGAGAUUCGUUGCGAUCAUACGAAACUAAAGUUUGAUCGAAAGAAGCAGGCGCGUGGGGUGGAGUUUUUCUUCCAAUUCCAAGAAACCGCAACAGAAUGACGAAAUGGUGGAUGUCAAAACUACAAAAAUGGAAAGCCGCCGACGCACCAAACCGAAAUUAUGUACAAUACUUGCGAACAAGAUGUCGAAAAGAAGUUCUUCAGACUGCGGGCGGGACUUUGCUUGUAGACUCGAAGCCGAACAAAU